UCAAUAUUUAGUUUCAUUACAAUCGAAAUUCUAUCGUCAGAAGGUCAAGGACACGAUCCAAUUUAACGAAUACAAAUAUACUAAAAAUAUUUGAAAAUAAUACAUUAUUUUCUUUUCUUUUUGUUUUCGGGCUGCUUCACUGCUCACAAAAUCGACCUAAUUUAUUUUAAAGAUAAAAAGAACCGGUUUUUACUUUCAUAUUAGUGAGUAUAGGUUAUUUGUGCUUAUAUACUGAUAUUCAGAUAACAUCGAUAUAAGUUACAUAAUCUUUAUAUCCGAUUUAUAUGAACGUAAAGAAGUACCGAUCAUUUUGAAUGUCCGUGGACUAAUUAAAAGUUACGAAAGUUGAUCGUAUUCAUCAUCGAGAAUGACACUAACGUGAUGUCGCGAUGAAGGUGGUUUCACGAAUAUGCUUCAAGUAGAAACGACCCAAUUCUCGUUGGACCUGUGGGCCUCGUAAACGUGAAAGAUGUGGGGUGGGGUCUAGUGGUAAGGGAAGGGGGGAGGGCUGGUAAACUGCCUUCAUCUUUUUUCGUUGGGAGGGGCCCAUCGGUACCACCACGUGGACAUAUAAGCACGGCUGGAUAGCAUCGAUGGCACACAGUCACUUACAACCCUUUGCUUGCUUCGUGCAUCACGAGACAGCGAAGAUUUAAACUUGACUUGAGUCUAAGGCAAUUUCGGAAGAAUGCAACUAUUCUUGGUGGCUGCAGCAUUGCUGCAAGUGGGUCUCUGCGGUCAUGUGGCCAUUAGGAUGCCAUAUUUAAACCCUGCUGGUGUAACAUACAUUAAUAACGUCCCAGAGGAAUCAUCCCUUGCUUAUGCAACUGCUUAUCAAACUCAGCAACACUUUGGAGCUCCAUUGCAGUACGCUGCACCCUUACAAUACGCUCAAGCUACAAUUCCAGCGAAGGUUGAAGCACAUCACGUUGGAUAUGCUGCAGCACAAGUACCAGCUGUCGCUGCUGUUCCUUAUGUCAAACAUGUACCAACUGUAUCUCACGUUCCCGUUACCAGGAUUGAAGCACAACCAGCUGUAUUUGAAAAACAGCUUGAUGUCAUCAAGCCUGCUGUCUCCACGCGUAAAGUAGAGGUACGUCGACCGGCUAUUCAGAAACAAUUCUACGAUAUCGAAGAACGUGUAAUCAUCAGGCCAGCUGGUUCAGCAGUGGUAGAACUUGACGAACCAACAUCGAAAUCACAAAAAGGACCUGCCGUUAUCCAACCUUUGGCUUAUGAUUCCAUCCAUGCACCAAUCCAAAUACCAGCACUUACUCAUUCGGUUAGCCCAGCUCCUCUCUUCAUUCCCUCUUCAACCCCAGCACCAGCAAUAGCAUCUUCUACUGCUUCUUCGAUCUCUGAGGAAGAAUCUGUUGUAGUAGACAAUCCUGAAUUCCGUAACGCGAACUCUGCACAAAACGAACAACGUCUCUUCUCUUCUGCUGAUCUAUCUCAGACUAGAACUCAACCUCAAGUAAUCACUCGUUCAAACGGAGCACCAUUGGAAGAAAACUCUCCAUUCAUUGCUCAUGAUCCAUCCCCAUCUGUUGUUCCUAGUCAAAGAUUAAAUGCUGAAGAAAAUAAAUCCAAUCAGAACAGACUGAUCGAGCUUCUCACGGCACGUGGUAGUAUUUCUGAGGUUGGAUUCGAUCGUACAGGAGAUGUCAGCAGACAGAACAUUGAAGCAGGACACAUACGUGCACGCGUUUUGUCCGCAACUCCAGCACCUGAUAACGCGGAACCAACCGAUCAACGUGUCUCCACCAGACGUGUCGUAGUUAGCAGACCAAUCGAAACUCUUCAAGAAGUCGAUGUUGUUGAGCCAGCAACGAAACUCGAAAGAGUAUCUAUUCAGCAGCCAACUCUAAUUAAAACUGCUCAUUUGGAUCACGUUCAGGUUCAUGGUUCUGUACCAGUCGUCGGAAAAGCCUAUGCACCAGCAGUAGCACAUGCAGCUGUUCCUGUUUAUCAGAAAACUAUUUCACCUGCUUACGAGUAUUAUCAUUGAUUAAAAUCUAUCCAAACUCGGCCGAAUUUCAUAAGCUUGGAAAAAGAUUCGUAUAUAUAAAUAUUUUUUACGAUCUUUUUCUGAACUUAUCGAAAUAAUCAUGAUACGCUUAUAUAAAUCCAGUGGAAAUCUUGGCUGAUCGUUCAUUCGAAAAGUCUACAAGAAUUCCAAAUGACUAUUUGUCAUUAUGACUGAUUACAAAAUUCUAUUCCGUGGAGAUGACGUUUACUGUUGUAUAAAAAACCUAGCCAUUAAAGUUGUGAUUAAUAAUGAUCUACAUCUUUUUUGUACUUUCAUAAAUGAACAAGUUGAGUGUAUACACACAUACAUACACACGCACACGCACACAUUAUCACAAAUGAAAAUAAAA